CGCUCAACGUGCAAUUUAGAUUUAAUGAUGUUUUCUAUAAACAAAUAGAUGGAGUUGCAAUGGGUUCUCCAUUGGGCCCUCUCUUGGCUGAUUGUUUCAUGGCCAAUCUGGAAAAUUCGAUGCUUUGAUCAAUAAUUGAGAUUUCAUUCAGAUAAAAGAUAUAUGGAUGACACUUUCAUUAUUUGUGAAGAAGACAUGGACCUCAACGAAAUCUUGAAUAUUUUCAAUAAUUGUCACCCAUCAAUUCAAUUUACCUUAGAAGCAGAGACAAACCAUGAAUUUCAUUUUCUUGAUAUCCAUUUAAAAAGAAUGCCUGACGGUUUUUUACAGAGAUCGAUACAUAGAAAACCCACUUGGAAUGGACAAUACACGAACUUCCAUAGUUGGGUUCCAUUAAGUAGAGAAAGGAACUUAAUUCAUUCUUUAUCCUCAAGGAUCAGGCGAAUUUGUUCCGAUGACACAAUAGAUGGGGAACUAUUUUAUCUUCGACAGAUCCUCAUCAAAAAUGGUUAUCCACCGAGAUUCAUCGAUAGAAACUUGGCACCUAGACUUCAUGACAAAGCAUCGACAGUAGAGAAGAAAACUCUAUUUAUGAAUAUGGAAUUUAAAGGAGACACGGCUGCUGAAAUCUUAAAUAAACGGGUUUCAAAAUCGUUGAAUAAAACAUUCUACGCAGCUAAGCUCCGAAUUGUUUCCUCCAUCCGACCUACCAUUCGGGGAUGUGUUAAGAAUAAACUUCGGCUUUGGGCCACAUCAAUGUGUAUCUACAAAUUUACUUGCUCAUGUGGGGCACGUCACAUAGGCCGCACAAAGCGAUCGCUGUCCAAACGCAUCUCGGGACACUAUCCGGCUUAGCUCUUAAAAGGAGAAUGCAGAACAAUUACUAGUUCGAUACAUGAGCAUUUAAUAUUAACUGUGGACACAUCGCUUCAAAGGACUUUUCUUUUAAAGUAAUCUACAGAGUCAAAGGAAUUGGAUCGAAGGGGGGCUGAAUCAAUAUUUUAUGCACUUCUAAGGCAUCGGCGAUCCAUGAACUCAAGCCUGAACUUUGCGUGCAGAAACGAUUUGUCCAACCUCUCAUCCUUCCUUCGAAAUAGUCCACGUUUCCCUUUAAAUGCUAUCUAUCAUAUGACGACGCGUAUAUAUCCACUGUCAGUAAAGUCCUUCUCAUUCUCUUCUGGAGGAACAAGUGUUGAUUCCGAAAUUGGAAGAAACAUAAGCGAACAUUCAACUCUUAAACCAGAUUCCUGGGUCACGGACGACUUUCCUAGAAAAGUUGGAAAACCCUGAUUCUAAAUCUAUGGUGCACGUGUGAUACAGAAUCCUAAAGGAAUAAACGUCAUAGGAACCUAAUCUUGGUCACUGCCUAAUAUAAGACCGAAUCUUCUAACAUUGUAUCACUGUCAUGUGUAUUAAGUCGCUGAGUCGAAAACAUAUGGAGUAGUAGCACCCCAAGAAAACCACCUGCUUUUGUUUGAGCACCUAGAUAGUAGCUCAGACCGUACACAAAUUCAAUAAUUUGUGUUGCGCCAUAAAUAUUUUGUUGCCAACUGUAUCAGUGUUUAUGUGUUUAAAUAAAUGGUGAUAAUCCAUAUUACUUACGUCUGUUACCUCUUGUGAAGGAGCAUAGAUCGCUCAUCAGGAUUGAUAAUCCAUGUAGAAUAACAUAGAAGCGAAUAACAUUGUUUUUAGUCAGAUCGUCUCUUUCACGAAGCCUCUCCAUUUAUACAGCGAUAUUUAUAUGGAUAUAUGAAAACACCAAACCAAUCAAGGGAAUUAAUAAGACCAUUGCUACAAUUUCUUAACUAUAUGUCAUAAGUGAAAGGUACAAAUUGAUAGUAAUAAGUCAGGAGUACUUAUAGUAAUGAUAAUAAUAAAAUAACAAAAGUUCUAAUCAUUAAUUCAACCUAAAAAGUAGGUCAAGCUUAGAUGAACAAACUUAAAAAAAAGACGAAACACUGAAAUUUCGCAAUGAAGUUUAAAUAAUUAGAUAGUGAAGGAUAUAGACCGGAAGAGGCGAGAAAUGACAAACAAAUACAUGAUAUAAAGGAAAGUUAAUUAGGUCGUUUAUGAAGUCAUAUCUGACCAAGGAAGGGACAGGGUGUCACGAAUUUCUUUUGAGCAUAUGAACUAGGGUUAUGGGUUCGGAUCCUUAUAGCUCUAUAUAUAGGAGAUGGGAUCGAAAUUCAUUAGGAAAUGACGAUAGUAUCUGUUGGAUCACCACAAGAUCAUGGCCAAACGUGAUAAAUAAAGUCUUUGUUUGAUCCUUUCCAAAUAAUUAUAAGAAAUGUUCACACAUUCGUUAGUACGUCUAAUAUAGCUAUCUCAAGAGCAGAUAAAUUUUUUGAUACAUAUCAAAAAAGCAAAUCCAUGUAAAUUGUUCCAUGUUUGAGUGAACAUCACCGGUUAACUAGGAAAUGCUAACGUAAGUUUAGUUGUUAUCCUAACUGUACUCACUAAUCUACUGUACAAAACGUCACUAUCUACAUUCUCGUUGAACUGUAGUUAGACUAAAAUUUCCUUCGAGCGGUCUAUAUUUCCAGCUUUUCUUCCUGUUUACAUAUGUUCUAAAAAACUUGGUAAGUAGCCCAUUUCCAUCAGAGUGUUAUUGAAAGCUUCAAGUCCUUACUUAUGGCUUCAUCUGGACAGAUCUUCUUUUUAUCCCUUUUGUAAAGUAUCUAACCAGAUUACUUUUGUAGUGGGUAGAUAUCUGGCUACGGAAGUCUGUAUCUCAACACCCAGAAGCGCUCUCUCUAUACACCCUUCUGUCUAACAAACUGUCGUCCUGUCUACCAAAUGAAAUGCCAUGGUAAUUUAAUGUAUUCUCAUACUCAUCCUCUCAAGUGAAAGUGAUUGCCGAACACACCAUGUCAAGCUGGUUUAGGAUUUCUUUUUGUUGAUAUCGUAACCUAUGAUGAGUGUUUUGUCUAUCUAAUGUCUGUAUAGAUCUAGUUUAUCGUUGACUUUCUUGAAGGGUCAUUGAAAAGAUUUUUGUUCGUUUACAUGUGUUCUGAUUUAUUUAUCAUUAUUCUUAUAUAGUCUUGGAGUAAUGAAUUAUCCUGUGAAACUUAGCAAACGUGAACCUCGUAAACAAAAUACAGUUAUUCUAAUCACACAUACUUCGAGAAAAGAGAAUGAAGCACUAAAAAAUUACUACCUGCUUUUACAACGACCUAAAACAGGUCUUUUGGCUGGUUUAUGGGAAUUUCCAAGUUACACCAUUGAAGAUGACAAAUUGACGAGUGAAAUUCAACAAUCAUUUAUUCCUUUAGUUAUUGAUCGAAUUACAAAUGCGUUGAAUUCCUCACUGAAUAUAACUUCAAUUAAUGAAUUAAAUGUGAAACCUAUUGGAGAGGUUCUACAUAUUUUCUCCCAUAUACACAUGACGUAUAUUGUAUUCGAGUUGAAAGUUGAACAACAACAACAACAAAAAACGAUUCCUUCUGAGUGUUUAAACAAUUCUAAUACCACUACUGCUACUUGUGAUUGGCCGCCUAGUUUAAAUUCCGGUCGAUGGGUUAGUCGUGAAGAUUUAAACGACUCGGCUAUAUCCACUGCUACUAGAAAGGUAUUUGCUCAUUUUGAAAACUCCAAAUCAUCACAUUCUGAAGUAAGUGUUCAUGUUCAUUAUUUAUUUUUGACUUUAAUCAAUAAACUAGGGAAUUGGACCUAAUUAUUUCACAAGUAAGCUGAUAUAUUAGUUCUGAGAUUACUGGAAAAGAUAAUUUUACUUUUCUAUAUACCGGAAUAUCGUUGAAAAAUAUCAACAUAAAAAAAUAGGGAGGAGGUUUUUUUUCAUUGUUUAUUUCUGUUACUAAGGUAAUUGAAGGUCAGUCACAGACUAUUUUCUAAUACAGAUGGUUAUAUUUUAACGAAUUACUGAAUGCGUAAGCCACAAAAUAUAUAGCGCACACAUUUGAAGUAACCAGUUAUCCAUAAGUUAUGUAGAACUUAGCACUAUGUUUUUGGUGGAGUUUUGUUCUCUGAGCUGGAUGGUUUGGUCGUGGAGCUUUCAUCGUUCUUCUGAACGACAUCAUCAGCACAAACUUCAGAUAGCACUAUGUUCAUCGGUUCGAGUUGUCGUAUCCCAAAAUAGUAGUACUAACAUUUGAAGUGAUAGUAGAAAAGCCUAAUCAUAGUAUGAUUUAAGAAGAAAGAAUAAAUUUAUAAAGUAUGAAAUAUAGUACCAUCUUGAAAGUUGAGAUCUAGGACAACCAAAAACUAUAUGCCCACUUACACCAUUGUCACCGAUUCUGUGAUAUAUCACCCAGCAAUACCAUAUUCACGCAAACUCUAACCAGGCAGUCUGCACCUACCUACACAUCUCAAUCUAAAUAGAUAGUCAGGUUAUCUACUCGACUGUCUUAUGCUUAAUGGAUCAGUAACUUUAUAAUUAGAAUACUCAACUUUUAAUUAAUAAGUGGUAGACUCAACAAUUACCUAGUUCGGUUUAUGGGGACCUGAUAUUAUCAUUAGUCCCCUUACGAACAAUGUAGUUCAUACCGUAUUGCCUAAUUGUGUAUUUGAUGUGUUACAUGUAAUAGCGAUCAGAAUCCUGAAAUUUGAAUUUCUCAUCAAAGGAAGAAGUCAGUAGGUUGACCGUGUUCAAUGGGCUUGGUGACAGAAGUAAAAAUAUGUGGAUAGACUUUUUUCCUUGUUUAAUCUCUGACUACAGUUCAACCUGGUCAAUUGGAAAUUUUCAUCUUCAAUAUUGCAGUACUACAAUUCUCUAGUUAUUUCUAAAACGGUUUUAAUUUACAUUUACCUGAUAAACAACAUAUAAUUUAUGACGUAUGUUUUUAUCAUUAUUAUUGUUGAUUAUUUAAUUUCACUGAUUGAAAUCACGAGUCAAUUGAAGCUAGACCACCGUUGGAAACCUGAAACAACUGGACGGCCGUUUCAUCAUAGUAUGGGACUCCUCAGCAGUGCGCAUCCACGAUCCCGCACCCCGCGAGAUCCGAAUCCAGGACCUAUCAGUCUCGCGCCAGGCGCUUAACCAACUAGACCACUGAGCCGACAUCCAACGGUGCUUCCAGGUUUUCCAUGGUUGUCUAGCUUCAAUUGACUCAUGAUUUCAACUUGUGAAAUUUCUAAAAAUCUCCACAAAACCCCUUCUGAUUAUUUUAUUGUCUACAGGUUGAUAGAAAUCAACGAAAAAUCAAAAGAAUCUCUACAAACAAACAAUUAUUGAAUUCUAAACAAUCAAAAUUAGAUCAUUUCUUUCAUUAGGGUGAGAUCAUUUUUGUUUCAGAUAAAUGAACAAUCAAAAUGGUAAAGAAAUUCUCUUUACCUAAUGUCUACCAGUAAUAAGAAUUGUUAUCCAUUGUAUAUAUUACUAUACUAUUCCUUUUAUUCCCGAUUACCCUAUAUUCCAUACAAUUUACUAAUGAUUCUAUUUUUGCCUAGAUAGAAUAGUUUCUUAUUUUUAUAUAAAUUUUUAAAAAAUCUAUUUGAGUUUUUGAUGAGACUUAUCAUUUAUGGACGACUUUUGAGAGAGCGAUGCUAGACUGACCUUAAGAGUGUUCACUUAAUAGUCAGGACUAAAUGAGAGUUAUGAACUUGUGUGAGAAAUUAAGCUUAGGAAUUAGAUUUCGGGUUGUUAUCACGAAUUGACAUCAACCAUAAUGUCAAAACUCUAGAUGAUGGUUGGAGGUAGUCGACAGGAAAGCUAGGACCUGGGUUUCGUGCUACUUGGCACUCGUCAGCAAGGUGUUGUACCUGUAAUUUUGGGGGACCGGUGCUCCCAGCUUCACAGUUAAAGACGUUACCACUGAGCUAUCCGAGCCGCGACCGACUUCCUGUAGGACUGAGAUGUAAU